AUGGCGUCUUGCUCGAUCAGCGAUUGCACCGCAAGCGCUUCGAACAAGCAUGUCUCCCGUGCAGUCAAUCUGGCAUCAGCUUUUUCGACAUCCUGCAAAGCAUCUCAAGCACCGAUCCCCACGCCGGUCAUGCCUCAAGCUCAGGCCGAGGCGCGCACGCAGCCUCCCAAGGAUCUGUUUGAACUGACUGUACGAUACCCACGUCAUCCACUCUUGGGUUUCUUCGAGAAGGUCACAAACACCAUUUAUUCAUCUCAUCCAUUCCAUCCCUCCAAGGGGGUCAACAAAGGUACGAAGCAACCGUACGGCGCCGAUCUUCCAGCUAGCGUGAGAGAUUCGGAUUUCGGCGCGCCGUACCGGUGGGGAAGGAGCUGGAAAGUGCCGGAAUUGCGAACCAAGAGCAGCGUGGUGCUUCAUCAGCUUUGGUACACUUGCUUGUUUGAGUGCAACAAGAUGGCCACUACGAAUGCCGAGAUCAGACGGGUGGGUCUUGCGCGCAAUGCGGAGCAAGCAGGCUGCAACAUCGAAAAGAGGAAACACUCGGUGCGGAAGACGAUGGCACGCAUCAAAUUUGUGCUCAACGAGCGCAGAUUGGCUUUGCAGCAAGCGAUCAGAGAAGCAAAAGAAGUGGAAACUGAAGACGGGGUCAAUGUCGAGGAGCAGCCAGCAGAGGCGGACAAAUCGGUCAGGUUGACUAGACAGCAGAGGAUCAAGAAGCUAAAAAAGCUUUACAAACAGGGGCAAAAUUUGGAAGAAGCAAAGUUGUUGGAACAAGUGAAUGCUAAUGAGCUACUGGCUCAGGAGCGAGGCCCAGAUCCGACGGCUUUUGAUGGAAUUGCAGAGGCGGAGCUGAGGCAGAAGAUCAAUGCUGCCGAUGCUUGA